AUGCAAUCCGUCCUCCAACCCGUCAUCGGUCCCAGAAAGGAGAUCCACGAUCUCACCGGCCGAGUCGCCCUCGUGACCGGCGGAGCCCUGGGUAUUGGAUAUGAAAUCUCCCGUGCGUUCGUGCUCAACGGCGCGCGCGUCAUCAUGGUCAACCGCAAGGAAGAACAAGGCCAGUCCGCCAUCGACAAGAUCAAAGAGGAGGCUGGCGCUGACGCCAAAAUCGAAUGGAUCCCCUGCGACAUGGGCGAUCUGAACGAAAUCAAGGACGUAUUUUCUGGGAUGCGGGAGAGAGAGAGUCGACUCGAUUUGCUCAUACUCUCCGCGGGCAUCAAUGUCAACCAGUACGGCGAGACUGCCGACGGGCUGGACCGACACUUCGAGGUAAAUUUCCUCGGCCAAUUCUACGUCGUCAACCAGCUUUGGCCUCUGCUGCGCAAAACGGCCAAGAUGCCGGGGACGCCGCCGCCGCGGGUUGUCUUCGAGUCGUCCGAGCAGCACCGCAAUGCGCCCAAGGUGGUGCAUUUUGGGUCGGUGGACGAGAUCAACAACCCCGAGAUUGGGACGACGGAGGUCUACGGCCGGACGAAGCUGGCGAUUAUCCUCGGAGUCAGGUAUGGGCUGUUGGAGAGGGUGAUCAAGCCGAAUAAGGAUAAUAUCUAUGUGCUUUCGGUGCAUCCUGGCGCGCUCACUGCGAGACAGGUCAACACGGCGAUGCAGCAGCAGUGGAAAGACGCGUACCCCGGGUUGCUCGGCAAGCUGCUCACGACGGCGAUGCUGGCUGUGGGCCGCAACGUCGAGCAGGGCUCGUUCAGUGCCUUGUAUGCGGCGACGAGUCCCGAGAUUGAAGAGAAGGGGUGGAAUGGGUACUACUUUAGCGAUGUGGCACAGCCGGGGAAGGAGUCGGCGCAGGCGUCGGAUCCGAUGCUGGGGGCUGCGCUGUGGGAUUUGAGUCAUCGGCUGCUGGAGGAGAAGGUUGGGGAGGAUGGCGUGGUGGAUUGGAAUGCUUGA